UAGACUUUCAGUACUGUCGAGUGUCGACUCCUACAUCCUACUCCAAAUAUUCUCUCCGAUCCCACAAAAAAAAAAAAUUUCUCUCCGACGAGGCGACGACGAAGAGCAGAGCCGGCGAUCUCUCCACCGCCUGCUCUCCAUGUCCAAAUCCACCCUGCCGCCGUCCCAAUCGACCUCUCCACCGCCUGCUCUCCCCUGAGUCUGAAUCGGAUCCAACGUCGCAACUCCCAUCUUGCGAAUCGACCCUCCUCCAGCGCCGGUGAAAUCUCCGCCGCCUGGCUCUUCUAGAACCCAUCCUGCGAAUCGAACUCUCCACCAGCGCCGACGAAAUCUCCACUGCUUGGCUCUUCCAUUUGAGAACCCAUCUGCGAAAUCGACCCUUCUGCAGAUAAUGAAGAUGGCUCCUCCUGCUGAUCGAGAUGACUAUGGAGUUUGGCCUUGAUUUUCCCUCCAAGCGUCUGAGAGGUGAGGCUCCUCUUUAGGUUUCAAUUGCUUCUUUAGUUGCUUGCUUGUGCUGCCUUAUUGAAGAUGAUUAGAUGAUCCAACCCUCGUUUCAAUAUGUGCUCUGUUUAGGGAUUUAUGGUUGUUGAUUUGUGUUUUUUCUUAACAAGCUCUCUGAUCUGUUUAGGGAUUUAUAGUUGCUACCUAGUGAAAGUAUGCAACUGGUAGUCUACCUGUUCGAUUCUCUGUGUUGAAUCUGUUGGCUGAAAAACAUUGAUCGGUCGCUAAUCUGAUGGACCCUUCUUGCGGAUAAAGUCAUAUGUCGUUCUUGUUAGAAUUUCCCCCCUCCAUUAUAGAGCUUUCAUACCUGCUUGGUUUGUGUUUAAGUGGUACGCAUUUUACUUUCUUUCCAAGCACUGACGGCAUACUUAUCAGUGUGCUCAAGGUUGAGCUUGACUGGUUUCUGUUGUAUUCAUCUCAUUUUAGUUACAUUUGGUUGAGCUUGACUGGUUGCUGUUGUAUGAUUCUUGGCCAUUGUUUCUGAUAGAGACUUGAAUCUCUUUUCUGUUUUAGCUAUUGUGGGCGUGUGAUUCUGCUUUGUUUAAUGACUAAUGAGUAAUUGCUAUUAAUAGUUCCCCGUAAUGUGAUUGGGGAGUGUAGAUGGAACCCUUUUGAAGUCUGCAAAUUUUUAGUCACCCAUGAAACGAAAUCUUGACUUUGCAUUCUUGGUUAACUUGAAUUGAGAUAUUUUGUCCAGGGUAGAAAGAUGGAGAUUGGUGUUAUAAAAAUGGUGAGACGUUCUGUUCUUCGGAACUUUUUAAACUCCCCAUGAAUCAUCAAAUCAGUGGUUAUACAUUGUUGUAGGCGUAAUCCGAAUUUGGUUGUUGUAUUUAGAGCCUUUAGAAUGGCGCAAGUUUCUUGUGAUUUAUUUGCUCAUAAAUGACUAUUUUAGCUUUCAUGGACGUGGUUAUGAAGAUGAGUCUAUUGCUGAAGAUAUAGGCUAUGAAGAUGAUAUGGAUGAGUUCGAUUCGUUUGGGGAAAGUCAAUUCUUGAGUGAUAGGACACAAUUAGAUGAAUAUCUGGAUUGUAAAAGGCUCAAUCGCAAACAACCGUUGGAUGUUCUUUUAUGGUGGAAGACGAAUGAAUCUCGAUUCCCAGAGCUUGCUUGUGUGGCUAGAGAUGUUUUGAGCAUUCCUAUCACUACUGUAGCUUCAGAGUCGGCCUUCAGUAUGGGAGGUAGAGUUCUAAGCAACUUGCGAAGCUCUCUUUUGCCUGAAAAUGCCGAAGCUUUGAUUACCACACGCAAUUGGCUAUAUGGAUUUCCAAGUGAUGAUCGUGAUAAUGGGCUCGAGGUGGAAAUUUCAAAGGCGGUCGGAACAUCCUCAAUGACUUCUAGCUCUACUCCUGUGUGAAAAUUUGGGUUUUAUGCAUAAGUCAACGUUUGGUUCUUAAUGUUCAUGAUGUUGGUUUGAAACUACUCGAAUGUCAUGUUGUUCAUCCUUUUUUCUGCUGGUCCUGGACUUGUAGCAUCCAUAUUUGAUGGGCUGAUAUAUUUUUUUAUUGUGGAUUGUUUGGAGUUUGAAGCCAAAAAGUCUCGAGCUCAAUGUUGAAAUGAAAUGCAUGCUAUUGA